AUGCAAUACCAUCUCACCUCGUUACAGAACUCCGAUCUCCGCAUUGUCCCUGAGCACGGCCCCAAGGCUGCUUCCGUGCAAGACACCUCCAACAGCUUCGGUCUUCACGACACUCUCAAGUAUGGUCCCCGGAGUCUCGCUGCGGAGGUUCAUACUACAAGUAAGGUCAAGGACCGUCUUGAGAACUGGGAGGCGACCCAGGACAACCUCAAGCUCCAGAUGCAGCGCCAGAUCUUCGGUCUUCACAUGCCCAUGCGUCUCCUCAUGGAGCGCAAGAUCGUGAGCCAGAAUGCGCACAUGCCCAUAUUCCCCCAAUCCAACCUCCACCUCGACAUCCUCAUGGGCCGCGACGAGACACUCGAGUGCGCCGACUUCAUGACACCAACGGGGGAGAUGAGCCAGUCUCUGGAUAUCCACGCUGACAUGGAGAAGAAGCUGCGCAUGUGA